AUUAUGUGGGAGAAUUACAGACACCAAGUGACUCUUAAACCUGGGAGGUUCUGAUGCUGAAUCUCUGAUCUCUCAGCCCUUAGGACCACUACUGCCAACUCUCCUGCUGUAGCACGUUAGACAGAAAGCCUGAGCUACAGGGGCAGUAAACUGGACUUGAGUUUGAGUGAGUGAAAUCUCUUAGUCCCAGGAAGUAAACCACAGGUAUCAAUUUGGGAACAGCCUCAGAUGCCACUUUUUUUUUAUUGUGGAAUCAGUGGAUGCCCACUGUAGACCUGUUCUAACUUGAGGAGAUCGCAGAACAACAAUGAAGCCUAGAAUCUCAAGCACUGGGAUUCCUGUCAAGAUAUUUUCUGGAAGAUUUGGAGACCAAAUGAAGACCAGCAACCAGGGGAAAGACAUUUUCUGACAUAAUACUCUCGAUGCCAGGAUGAGGCUUGAAAAUGCUUUCCAUGGGCAGUGUACAAGUGAUGGGAGCUGGCGUUCACAACUUUCAACCGGACGCGACAGCAUGGAUCCACGGUGCCUGCCUUGGUUUCUGUUCUUUGCCGUUUUCCUUGUGGUUUCUGGCUUGUCAACUACAGAAAACUUUGAUGUGGAUGGUGGAAUUGAUCAGGACAUAUUUGAUAUCAAUGAAGAUUUGGGACUGAAUCUUUUUGAGGGAGACAUCAAACUUGAUGAGGCACAAGAUAGAAAUUCCAUCAUUGGAGAAAACUAUAGAUGGCCCCAUACCAUUCCAUAUGUUCUAGAAGAUAGCUUGGAAAUGAAUGCUAAGGGAGUUAUCCUCAAUGCAUUUGAACGCUAUCGCCUAAAAACAUGCAUUGACUUCAAGCCUUGGACUGGAGAAGAUAAUUAUAUAUCAGUUUUCAAGGGAAGUGGCUGCUGGUCUUCAAUAGGAAAUAGGCGUGUUGGGAGGCAAGAACUCUCCAUUGGGGCAAACUGUGACAGAAUAGCAACGAUUCAACAUGAGUUCCUUCACGCUCUGGGGUUCUGGCAUGAGCAGUCACGUUCAGAUCGGGAUGACUACGUCCAGAUCAUGUGGGACAGAAUUCAGUCAGGCAAAGAGAGCAAUUUUAAUACCUAUGAUGACCAAAGGUCAAACACCCUGAAUACUCCCUAUGACUACACGUCAGUAAUGCAUUACAGUAAAACUGCAUUCAGAAAUGGAACAGAACCUACAAUUGUAACAAGAAUCAAUGACUUCAUGGAUGUAAUUGGCCAAAGGAUGGAUUUCAGUGAAAAUGAUCUCUUGAAGUUGAAUCGACUGUAUAACUGCUCAUCCUCCUUGAGCUUUAUGGACUCAUGUGAUUUUGAACUGGAAAAUGUGUGUGGUAUGAUCCAAAGUUCAGGUGAUAACGCUGACUGGCAGAGGGUUCAACAGGCAACUGGGGGCCCCAAUACUGACCACUCCUCCAUGGGCAAGUGCAAAGGUUCUGGCUUCUUCAUGCAUUUUGACUAUAGAUCUGCAAAUGAGGGGCAUAAAGCAAUACUGGAAAGCAGAACACUGUACCCUAAAAGGGGAUUUCAGUGCUUGGAAUUUUAUUUAUAUAACAGCGGAAAUGAAAAUGACCAAAUGAGCAUUUAUAUCCGGGAGUAUUCUGCAAAUGAUGCGAAUGGUACUUUAACCCUUGUGAAAACAAUAAAAGAUAUACCUGUUGGGAGCUGGCAACUUUACUACGUAACAUUGAAAGUGACCAAGAAAUUUAGAGUGGUUUUUGAAGGGGUCAAAGGCGCUGGUACAUCAUUGGGUGGCCUGUCAAUUGAUGACAUCAAUCUUUCAGAGACACAGUGCCCUCAUCAUAUCUGGCAUAUAAAGAAUUUCACACAGCUCAUUGGCAGCCCAAAUGGAGUUCUAUAUAGCCCUCCAUAUUAUUCUUCUAAAGGUUAUGCCUUUCAGAUUUCCUUGAAUCUAAACCAUUCAAGUGAUACAGCAAUAUAUUUCCACUUGAUCUCUGGAGCCAAUGAUGAUCAAUUACAGUGGCCAUGUCCUUGGCUACAAGCCACGAUGACACUCUUGGAUCAAAAUCCUGACAUUCGACAGCGUAUGUCCAACCAGCGGAGUGUAACUACAGAUCCAUUUAGGACCACCGCUGAUGGAAACUAUUUUUGGGACAAGCCUUCCAAAGUGGGAAAAGACGCUUCGUUUCCUAAUGGAACUCAGUUUAAAAGAGGCCCGGGCCUUGGUACCAGUUCCUUUAUAACCCAUUUGAGGCUGAAAAGCAGAGAUUUUAUAAAAGGAGAUGUUGUUUAUAUGCUACUGACAGUGGAAGACAUCGGCCAUCUUAAUUCUACACAACCACCCCACCCAAUCCCUACCCCAACCCCAACCUCUGGAGGCAUCCGGGACCUCUGCCAAAACUUCAAAUGUGAGAAUGAUGGCGUCUGCGUCAUCCAAAACGACAAAGCUGUGUGCAGGUGUGCAUCAGGGCCAGACUGGUGGUACAUGGGAGAAAAGUGUGAGAAGAGAGGCUCCACUCACGACACCAUUGUCAUUGCUGUCUCCUCCACUGUCACUGUGUUUGCCGUGAUGCUGAUUAUCACCCUUGUCAGUGUCUAUUGUGUCAAGAAGAAAUAUAGUAAAGAAAGAAGUUCAACUACGCCAAAUUUGACUUUGGAAAAUGUAAGUUGA